AUGACCACCGGCGGGGAGGAGCAGCAGGGGCGGAGGCUGUUCGGCGUGUCCCUCACGGACAGGCCCGUCUGGCAGCAGUUCCUCAUCUGCUCCUCCGGCUUCUUCUUCGGCUACCUCGUCAAUGGCAUCUGCGAGGAAUACGUCUACAACCGGCUCCAGUUCAGCUAUGGGUGGUACUUCACGUUCGUGCAGGGGUUCGUGUACCUGGCGCUGAUCAGGCUGCAGGGGUUCACGAUGAAGCACAUGGUGAACCCGUGGCGGACCUACGUGCGCCUCUCCGCCGUGCUCAUGGGAUCCAACGGCCUCACCAAGGGCUCCCUCGCCUUCCUCAACUACCCCGCACAGAUCAUGUUCAAGUCCACCAAGGUGUUGCCGGUGAUGAUAAUGGGAGCAUUUAUCCCAGGAUUAAGACGCAAGUACCCGUUCCAUGAGUACGUAUCGGCAGUGAUGCUCGUCAUCGGCCUCAUACUUUUCACGCUCGCGGACGCGCAAACGUCUCCUAAUUUCAGCAUGAUCGGCGUGGCCAUGGUGUCCAGUGCACUCAUCAUGGAUGCCUUCCUGGGUAACCUGCAGGAAGCCAUCUUCAAGAUGAACCCUGACACUACACAGAUGGAGAUGCUGUUCUGCUCAACUGUUGUUGGCCUGCCUUUCCUCGCUGUGCCAAUGGUGUUAACAGGGGAGCUUACGACAGCGUGGAGCGCGUGCUCUCAGCACUUGUACGUGUAUGCCGUGUUGGUUUUCGAGGCGAUGGCGACGUUCGUCGGGCAGGUGUCGGUGCUGUCCCUCAUCGCGCUCUUCGGGGCAGCCACGACGGCCAUGGUGACGACGGCGAGGAAGGCGGUGACCCUGCUCCUGUCGUACCUGAUAUUCACCAAGCCCAUGACGGAGCAGCACGUCACGGGGCUCCUGCUGAUCACCAUGGGGAUCGUGCUGAGGCUCCUGCCGGAGGACAAGGAGAAGAAGGGCACGGCCGAGCGCCAGCAGGCGAAGGCGCAGCGCGGCGAGGAGAAGCGGCGGGGAGACGGAGUAGAGGAGGAGACAUCGCCGUUGGUAUGA